UAGCAGUUUAAAUCUCACAAACUGGUCUUUGUUUCAAUGAACCGGCAGCAAACCGUUUGUUUUAAGCCUGUCACCUGCUUGUUGGGAGCUAGCUAGCUGAGCUAACUCUUUCACACCGGCUUGUAGGUGAAGCAGCUUCCAUACUAAACGUGAGCGAAGUCCUGUAAAGAGAGCCGCUCCUCACACACGGCAGACACCGAGUUCCGUCACACGACGUCCCCGUUCAUGAUCAGGAGCCUCUCAGCUGCUCUCACUUCAUAUGAAUGAACAUGCUGUGUGUGAAAGGUUAAAGGGGCACCGACUGUACCGACUGUACCGGGGCGCGUGAAGAGGAGCUCACCUGCGAGGCCCGAGCCACAGUGCGCUGACUGGAGGGAAACGUGCGAGACAAUGACCCCCGAUGAUGUCAUCAGGAAUGGGCAGUGUUUUGGCUGCCAGCUCCCCCAACCCCCCGCCACCCGCCUCUGGCGGUAUCGGCGCCGCCCCCGGGAUGACGGUGCCGCCGGGCUUCGGGAUACCUUCCAUCUCCCCAGUUCCCCCCACAGGACAAGAGCAGGAGGCGGACCCCCCCAUACCCAACCCCGGGGCGUUUGAUGAGUGCCAUCGCAAGUGCAAAGAGGUUUUCCCGAUGCAGAUGGAGGGCGUCAGGCUAUUCGUCAACAAGGGGCUUAGCAACCACUUCCAGGUGAAUCACACGUUGCUGCUGAGCACCACGGGAGAUUCCACCUACAGGUUCGGGGCGACAUACGUCGGAACAAAGCAGAUGGGUCCGGCAGAGUUUUUUCCAGUCAUAGUUGGAGACAUGGACAACAGUGGCAGCCUUAACGCCCAGAUCAUCCACCAAGUCACCGACAGAGUACGAUCCAAACUGGCCUUUCAGACGCAACAAAACAAGUUUGUGAACUGGCAAGGCGACGCCGAGAUUAAGGGAGAAGAUUUCACGGCCACGGUUACUCUGGGGAACCCCGAUGUCCUCGUCGGCUCCGGUAUCGUCAUCACGCACUACCUCCAGUCCGUCACGCCGGCCCUGGCUCUGGGGGGGGAGCUGGUCUACCACCGCAGGCCGGGAGAGGAGGGCACCGUGGUGUCUUUAGUGGGCAGGUACACAGGCAGCAACUACGUCGCCACGUUGACCCUGGGCUCGGCGGGCGCUCACGCAUCGUACUACCACAAAGCCAACGAGCAGCUGCAGCUCGGCGUGGAGUACGAGGCGAGCACCCGCAUGCAGGACACCAGCGUGUCGUUCGGCUACCAGCUCGAUGUGCCGAAGGCUAACUUGCUGUUUAAAGGUUCAGUGGACAGUAACUGGGUUGUCGGGGCAACGCUAGAGAAGAAGCUGCUGCCGCUGCCGCUCUCCCUGGUGCUCUGCACCUUCCUCAACCACCAGAAGAACAAGUUCCAGUGCGGCUUCGGCGUCACCAUCGGUUAGAGGGCCGGCCACCGGGACGGACAGACGGCGCCGUGCGUGUAUGUUUGUGCGUGUUUGUGCGUGUGUGUGCGUGUGUGUGUGUGUGUGUGUGUGUUCGCGUUCCAUCACUUCAAUCUGUCGCUCCAUUCGGCGUCUACUGGUUUCAGAAGCUGGUGGAGGAGGUGAAUACAAACCCAGUGCGUUUAAUCCUGUCAGUCGCCUGAACAAAGUGAAAUAAUCGAUGUGAUUGAUCAGGAAUCUGUUGGCCGCGGAGUCUCGACACAAACCAGUAGAAACCGUGAAGAGGCGUGACCGAAGGACUCGUCGUUCCCCUCUGAGUUCAGUGCCUGUGGCUCCGCUCUUGAGUUUUAUUCUUGUUUUAGUUUUUUUACUGUAAAGUCCGUCUUGGCGUGCGGUGAAUGACAUCAUCGUUUAAAGAGGAUUCAUUGGUUACAGCUCACCAGCCACGCUGCAUGUCUCACAACCAUCACUUGUUGUUUUGCCUUUUUUUUGUUACACGUGGAUCCGUAUAUAUAUUACCUGUAUAUACCUCGGAACUGAUAAAUGACUUUUCUUACAAAAAAGAAA